AUGAGGAGGCUUCAUUUAGAGGUGCUACCUCUAGUGAUUUUGCUACUAUUGGUAGCAAUCGCUAGUGCAACUACUUGUUCCUUCGUUGGAACUCCAAAAAAUCUUGAAGUAGAAGAAGAUAACCCACCACCCUCACAAUCUCAGUGUCAUGGAAAAUGCAACACUCCACCUUCCCAUGGGCAUCCACCACCGCCAUCUGAGCACCUCAACCCACCACCUCCUGUACUUUCACCACCGCAACAAUAUGAGCUAGAUCAUCAGCGUAGGCCUCCACCGCAAUACGGGAAUCCACGGCCAACUCAAAACAAUGAGCCAGUUACUCCAUCCAUGAUUCAAAACAGUGAGCAAGUUACUCCAUCCAUGACUCAAAACAGCGAACCAAUUACUCCAUUCAUGACUCAAAACAGCGCGUUAGUUACUCCUUUCAUGACUCAAAAUAGCGAGCCAAUUACUCCAUUCAUGACUCAAAACAGUGAGCCAGUUACUCCAUCCAUGACUCAAAACAGCGAGCCAGUUAUUCCAUCCAUGACUCAAAACAGCGAGCCAAUUACUCCAAUCAUGACUCAAAACAGUGAGCUAGUUACUCCUUCCAUGACUCAAAACAGCGAGCCAGUUACUCCAUUGAUGAAUCAAAACAACGAGCCAGUUACUCCAUCCAUGACUCAAAACAGCGAGCCAGUUACUCCAUUCAUGACUUAA